UCUGUCCUGUGAUUUCUAUGCCCAUAUUUGGAAGAAUGAUCAGGUGGCCGUAUCAAGACUGCUCUUCUAUGAGACUCCAAACAGAUAUGAGAAAUGAGUGUUGGACGUCGAAGAAUAAAGUUGUUGGGUAUCCUGAUGAUGGCAAACGUCUUCAUUUAUUUGAUUGUGGAAGUCUCCAAAAGCAGUAGCCAAGAAAAAAAUGGAAAAGGGGAAGUAAUAAUACCCAAAGAAAAGUUCUGGAAGAUAUCUAGUCCUCCCCAAGCAUACUGGAACAGAGAACAAGAAAAGCUGAACAAGCGGUACAAUCCCAUUUUGAGCAUGCUGGCCAACCAGACAGGGGAUGGAUAUGGGUCUUCAAAUAUAAGCCAUCUGAAUUACUGUGAACCUGACCUGAGGGUCACAUCACUUAUAACAGAUUUUAACAAUUUGCCAGACAGAUUUAAAGACUUUCUCCUAUAUUUGAGAUGUCGAAAUUAUUCACUGAUUAUAGAUCAACCAAAUAAAUGUGCAAAGAAACCCUUCUUAUUGCUGGCAAUUAAGUCCCUCACUCCACAUUUUGCCAGAAGACAAGCAAUUCGGGAGUCCUGGGGCAGAGAAACCAAUGUGGGGAACCAGACAGUGGUGCGAGUCUUUUUGCUGGGCCAGACACCCCCAGAGGACAACCAUCCAGAUCUUUCAGAUAUGCUGAAAUUUGAGAGUGAGAAGCACCAAGACAUUCUUAUGUGGAACUACAGAGACACUUUCUUCAACUUGUCUCUGAAGGAAGUGCUGUUUCUCAGGUGGGUGAGUACUUCCUGCCCAGACACUGAGUUUGUUUUCAAGGGCGAUGACGAUGUUUUUGUGAACACCCAUCACAUCCUGAAUUACUUGAAUAGCUUAUCCAAGAGCAAAGCUGAAGAUUUGUUUAUAGGUGACGUGAUCCACAAUGCUGGGCCCCAUCGAGAUAAGAAACUGAAAUACUACAUCCCAGAAGUUGUUUACUCUGGGGUUUACCCACCUUAUGCAGGGGGAGGUGGAUUCCUCUAUUCUGGCCACUUGGCCCUGAGGCUAUACAACAUCACUGACCGGGUCCAUCUCUACCCCAUUGAUGAUGUUUAUACUGGAAUGUGCCUUCAGAAACUUGGCCUCGUUCCAGAGAAACACAAAGGCUUCAGGACAUUUGAUAUCGAGGAGAAAAACAGGAAUAACAUUUGUUCCUACGUAGAUUUGAUGUUAGUACAUAGUAGAAAACCUCAGGAGAUGAUUGAUAUUUGGUUGAGGUUACAAAGUGCUCAUUUAAAAUGCUAAACUGUACAAGCUAAAUUUUGCAUAGAAAGGUGUAUCUGGACUAGUUCCCAUAUUGUAUUUUUCACAUUAGAUAAUUUGUAUGUUAAAUCAUCAGAAUUGCCUUUAUAAGUAGUAUCCAUUUGAGGGCCUCUAGGCCUUUCAAUUUGGUACUUUUGUGACGAGGGAAAGCAGAUGACAAUUUUUUAUGGAGGAUAUGGCAAGGUGAUUGGUUCUAAUCCUUUCUAUUGGCUAAUGGUCAUAGUUUUCUAAUUGCCCCUCUCAUCUGAAUCAUAUUUCUAGAGUUUGACCACUGUAAGUUAUUUUUGUUUUUGUCCCUCUAUGUGAGAAUAUUCUUAUUUCCAUUAUAAUGACUGACUUAUCUGUAAUUCAGGUAUUUGUGAACUCAUUGGCUACCAAAAUUUUGUUGUUCAUGACUCAGUGAUUUUUGUGAAAUGGAAUUAUGUUAUUUUCAUGAGAUGUGAGUGAAUUUUGUUUUUGUUUGUUUGUUCGUUUUGGUUUUGGUUUUGAUUUUUUGAGACAGGGUCUCACUAUGUAGUCCAGGUUGCCCUUGAACUUGCUAUGUAGUUGAAGAUGACCUUGAACUCGAUGGCUAGUCCUCCUGCCUCAGCCUCCCGAAUGCUGGGAUUACAGGUAUGUGCCAUUACACCCAGCUGAGACGAGGAUGAAUUUUAAAAAUUGUUUAGAAAAUGGAUUAUAUCAAAGUUUCCUGUCACCCCAUCAGUAUUUUCUUACGUUAAUAUAAUUAGUUAAUUUUGUAAAAUAAGUAUCACUGUAUGAUGUCAAGUUUAUCUUGUGGUUUAUGAUCAUGAAAAGAAGUUUAAUUUUUCUUACGGUUAUGUCACAAUAGUUGAGUAAUUUUAGUAUUUUGAAAAUGAGAAGUGUGAUUCCACAAUGGCCAGCUGACGAUUGAAUCUCCCCUGACAACCAUUCAUAGGAGUUUAUAAAUUUUCAGUGUGGAUUAGAACUUUAGAACUUGAAGUGCAAAGAUGGCAGUUACAGAUGUUUUAAGUGGUUUGUCAGUUAAAAACUCCAGGAUUCUAUUCUUGCCAUAUUUUCACAUGUUGCUUAUACAAAAUUAUUAUUCUGAGUAGUGAUCGCUUCCCUGUCGCAGUGUAGAAGUGCCUGUGUUUUUAUUUAUUGUUCAGAUCAAAGACCAAAUCAUUUUCUUAAAUAUAUUUUGUGUAAUAUUUUAUUUGUACAGUGUUGUUGAUGAAAUAUUUAACUAGAGCAUGAUAUUUUAAAUGUUAAGAUGUAACACGUUAAAUAAAGCUAAUGGUUAUUUUUGAAUUUUAAAAUUCAUUUUUGGGGGGUAUGAACUAGUUGAUAAAAUUCUGCCAAACUAUUGCUUAUAUGUACUAUCUUGUAAUAUGCUUUCUUGAAGUAUUUUUGUGUUUUUAGAGAUGAAGAUUCCUAUCAGAAGCAAUAUUGGGGACUAUAAAAUGUGGAAAUAAAGCAAUUGU